UGACAAAAGUCAGAGUAAAGCAGGGGAUCAACAGAAAGUGGACUUCUGACGGAUAUUAUUAUUAAAAUGCAUUUUUAUUUUUUACCACGGACAUGAUGGUAUUUAAAACGUAGCCAUAGUUUUUUUUCUUAAUCGAGACAUUUUGUCCCUGAGACAUUUAUCCGUGCUCAAACAGGUUUCCCGCCCCUAAUAGUUUUUAAAGGACUCUGGGUAUAUAGUGAAUAUUCCGUUUCGACAAGGUCGUUCGGAAUAUCUCAGUAAUAUUCAUGAGAGAUGAUUGGCCUGUGAAUGCCUUGGACAGAAAAAACUGGAAGCACAUGUCGUUGGGAGCUUUCACCGACCAAUCAGAUAGCGGAUCUCUCAUGAAUAUUAAUGAAUUUCCCGAACCACCCAGUAAAACAAGAACUCGCCCCCGCGAAGCGGAAAUCUCCUCGAAAUGGGACGUCACAGCCUGCUGAAGCCGCUGGCGCGAUUUUCAACUUCCUAACUGAACCGGCUGGAGGGCUCGCGUCUCAGCAAUAAGCGCUCUUAGUCUCCUUUGUUAAUUUUAUUUUUAGCUUUUAAAGGCUGAAAUAAGAUGGAGUGCCUGAAUGUCCCGCGAAUCUUGCCGAACUCCCCGAUGCGCGCCCGGGGACAUAUCCAGGUCAUUUUCGGGCCGAUGUUUUCGGGGAAAAGCACCGAGCUGAUGCGCAGAGUGCGCCGCUUCCAGGUCGCCCGCUAUAAAUGCCUGGUGAUCAAAUACUCCAAGGACACGCGCUACUCCGAGCAGGGCAUGGCCACGCACGACAUGAGUACCAUGGAGGCGGUGCCCGCCAGCCGGUUACAGGAGGUUUACGGUCUGGCCCUGGGGGCUGAGGUCCUCGGCAUCGAUGAGGGACAGUUUUUCCCAGACACAGUCCAGUUCUGCGAGGAGAUGGCCAACCAAGGCAAGACCAUCAUUGUGGCUGCCCUGGAUGGGACGUUCCAGAGAAAGCCCUUCGGAAACAUCCUGGGCCUGGUGCCACUGGCGGAGAGCGUGGUGAAGCUGAACGCUGUCUGCAUGGAGUGCUUCAAAGAGGCGGCUUACACCAAGAGGCUGGGGGACGAGAAGGAGGUGGAGGUGAUCGGAGGAGCGGACAAGUACCAGGCCGUGUGCCGGGCCUGCUACGGGGGCCUCAUGGCUGAGAAGGAGAACAGCGCCCCCUGGAGGGACGAGACACCCCCUCAGGCCCUCCCAGGGAAGAAGCUGGACGUGGGUUUUCCUCGCAAACUCUUUGCUCCAUUGCACAACUGAGAGAGACAAGAUUAUGCCAAAAUGGGAGCGCCGAAUACGUGUUAAACAUUUUAAUGCAGCUUACGUCUGCAUCAGCUCCAAAGCGUUACAGCACUAAGAUGCACAGUAGAGCUUGAAUGCUUAAAACGUUCACUUAAAUUCCUUAACCAUUUAGGUAUGCUAGUAACUAUAUCAACUAACCACUAGGGGGCACAAACCUGGAGUGAUUUGUUACUGUUGGCAAGUGAUUUAACCAAGCUAGACCUUGGACUACAUGUUAGAUUGGAAAAAAAAUAUAUAUCCUACAGAGAAAAAGAGUACCAGCUCUACAUUUGCUUUUCACUGGGGCUGUACCCUCAAGGGUCCCUCAGUUGUACCUUUAAGGCACAGAAAUUGACUGUGCGGAACUUAUUUUGGUACUACUGGGGGGUACAUUAAUGUUUGUACCUUGGAUGUUCCUCAGAGUCCAUUUCUGUACCUUAAAAGGUACACUUACCUACAGCCAUAGGGCACAAUUGGCAAACCUUUGAGGGGAACAGCCCCAGUGAUGAGCAAAGGAACAAACUGGUACUCCUUUGAGUGAAAGACGUUUACCUAGCAGGACUACGUAUUCCGAAAGCAUAGCCGGUAAAUGAAGAGUUCCAACAAUAUGAGUUGGUAAGGGGAGCUUUUGGGAAGCAUUAUAUGCUGUAUUUAUAUAUGUAGUGUUGUGUACAUCUAUGGGGGUUUUAUAUACAGAACUGGGGGAAUAUUCCAGCCCUUUAGUUAUGAUUUCUGAAGCACAGUGAGAAGGUUCUGGGUCUUUUCCACCUAUAAGUAGGCCGUAUAACUUUUUGUGAGUAUUAUACCGUCACAGAAAAGGUCACUGGCCACCCUGGACACUCCUUCAUAGAUACAGCAUCUAGAAGCAUCUCAGGCUGCUGAUGACAGUUCACAUUUAACGUGACAUCAAGGGUGGUGCUGUGAUCAGUGGGUGAUAUUGGCUCAGACGCGCCAGAUAGACCGGCCCAUUCACCUACGAUGUAUUUCCGGGCAAAGCACAGUGUCUGUAGCCAUUAGCUUUAUGAUGUUCCUGAACUCUGUUGUAAAUCUUAUGUCCAAUGUGUGGGUCUUGUAAAAAUUGUGGGCAUCUUUUUAAAGGUGUUUUUUGAAUAAAAAUGGGGGUAAGAAAAAUCCUUCUGACCA